UGAGAACCACACUUUAUAGCAAGGCCUAUCUUUGAACUGUCCAUGACUCACUGGGGUCCUACGGCUUGGGGUUUUUUUAUUCUUUCACCAUUUGUACCACAAGCACUCAUCCAGAAAUGAGUUCUUCACUGCAUUCUGGCAGCACAGACCUGAAACUCCCCAAGCUGAUAGAUACUUUGAAAACUUGGGUGUGAAAACUCUAACCUCUGGAGCACGUGAGGUGAGAAACUUGUAAGAACAAUAACCAAAAUCAAAGAAAGGAAGAGAGAAGAAAAAAACAAAACCCAUCUUCAGAAUCCUCUUCAUCAGCCACAGAGCAAAGUAGUUCAUCUGUGCCUAACGCUGAAGCACCAUAAUUAUGAGGCUUUCUUCAUUUGCUCUGUUUUUCCUGACAGCUGGAGUUUAUAUGUCCUCAGAGUGUUUCCAUACUGAAAUUAUCGGAGGGAGAGAAGUACAGCCCCACUCCAGGCCGUUCAUGGCUUCCAUCCAGUACCGCGGCAGUCAUAUUUGUGGAGGAGUCCUGAUCCAUCCACAGUGGGUGCUGACAGCUGCCCACUGCUACAACUGGUUUCCUAGAGGCCACACUCCCACCGUGGUUUUAGGAGCACAUUCUCUUUCAAAGAAUGAGCCCAUGAAACAAACAUUCGAGAUUAAAAAACUCAUCCCAUUCUCAAGAUCUCCGUCAGGUUACUCAUCACACGAUAUCAUGCUAAUAAAGCUUCACACUGCUGCAGAACUCAACAAGCAUGUCAAACUGCUUCAACUGCGAUCCAAAAACUAUCUUAGAGAUGGAACCAAAUGCCAGGUGACUGGCUGGGGAGCCACCAACCCAGAUCAGCUAAAAUCCUCUGACACCCUGCAAGAAGUCACUGUUAGCAUCAUAAGCAGAAAGCGCUGUAACAGCCAGAGCUAUUACAACCGCAACCCUGUUAUAACCAGGGACAUGAUAUGUGCAGGAGAUGCCAAGGGCCAAAAGGACUCCUGCCAGGGAGAUUCAGGGGGCCCCUUGGUCUGCAAAGGUGUCUUCCAUGCCAUAGUCUCAGGGGGCCGUAAAUGCGGCAUUGCCAACAAGCCCGGAAUCUACACCCUCUUGACUAAGAAAUACCAGAGCUGGAUCAAAAGCAAGCUUGCCCCGUCAAGUGCAAAGUGAGAUGCAAACAGUCUUCUUGGAUCUGCCAGCCACUUGCUUCUUUUUCGGGGACAUGCUCAAAGAUCGACUUCAUCUGCAGAUGUCACUGGCUGUAGGAGGACGGUGGGACAGCUCAGGCAUAUUUCUGUGCCUUAAAAACUCACUUCAUUUAUUGAUGUCUAUAGACAGCAGUAAAUAAAUAAAUGGCUGAAUUUGAGAUAAAAAAAAAAUUAAAAAAGAACCAUGAUCUUU